GUGUAUCCAGAUGUCGCUCAUUUCCUUUGCAUCUAUCAUUUGUCGAAGACUAUAAUGACGAACUACAAAAAGAACAUUGAGGCAGUGAAAGGGGCAUUUUUUGCUGCGGCAUAUGCGUACACACCUUCCGAGUAUAACCAUCACAUGGAAACCAUUAGAGAUGCCAACAAUGAUGUGUUAAAAUACUUAACAGAAACUAUUGGCAAAGAAAAAUGGUCUCGUUUACAUUGCAAGGCACGUUUCAUAGUCAUGACAUCAAACGCAACAGAAACGAUAAAUUCCACCAUGAAGGUUGCUCGUGAACUUCCAAUUACCCUACUGUUGGAAAGUGUUAGGGGAAUACAACAAGAUUGGAAUGUUAAGAACCGUACUGAAGCCCAAAAUACAUUCACAAAGCUUGCAAAAUUUGGCCAGAAGAUGCUUGAAGAAAAUUACAUAGCAUCUAUGAAAUAUACA